AAGUUGAUAAUCCCAGAUCUGGCAGUAGAUUUUGGCUAUAAAUACGGCAAGAGGGAAGCAUUCGAACUCGCUCCGCUCUCUUCUCUGCUAACAAUACUGAUAGGGAAGAAGAAGUGAACCCCCAAAGAAAGAACCAGUCUUCUCUAUCUCUCCGAAAGAGAAAUGGCGUCUCACAUUGUUGGAUAUCCCCGUAUGGGCCCUAAGAGAGAGCUCAAGUUUGCUCUUGAAUCUUUCUGGGAUGGCAAGAGCAGUGCUGAGGACUUGCAGAAGGUGUCUGCUGAUCUCAGAUCUUCCAUCUGGAAGCAGAUGGCCGAUGCCGGGAUCAAGCACAUUCCCAGCAACACCUUCUCAUACUACGAUCAGGUGCUUGACACCACUGCAUUGCUUGGCGCUGUCCCACCAAGAUAUGGGUGGAACGGCGGUGAGAUUGGAUUCGAUACAUACUUCUCCAUGGCCAGAGGAAAUGCCUCAGUUCCUGCUAUGGAAAUGACCAAGUGGUUUGAUACCAACUACCAUUUCAUUGUCCCUGAGUUGGGCCCUGAUGUGAACUUCUCUUAUGCUUCUCACAAGGCUGUUGAGGAAUACAAGGAGGCUAAGGCGCUUGGAGUGGAUACUGUCCCAGUCCUUGUUGGCCCAGUGUCAUACUUGUUGCUGUCCAAGCCAGCCAAGGGUGUUGAGAAGACCUUUUCUCUUCUCUCUCUUCUUCCUAAAAUUCUUCCUAUCUAUAAGGAAGUUGUAUCUGAGCUUAAGGCAGCUGGAGCUUCAUGGAUUCAAUUUGAUGAGCCCACACUUGUUUUGGAUCUUGAAUCCGACAAGUUGCAAGCAUUCACUGGUGCCUACUCUGAACUGGAGUCAGCUCUAUCUGGCUUGAAUGUUCUUAUUGAAACCUACUUUGCUGAUGUUCCUGCUGCGGCAUUCAAGACCCUCACUAGCUUGAAGGGUGUCACCGCUUAUGGUUUUGAUUUGGUCCGUGGUACCAAGACCCUGGAUUUGAUUAAGAGUGAAUUCCCCAAGGGAAAGUACCUCUUUGCUGGUGUGGUUGAUGGAAGGAACAUCUGGGCUAAUGAUCUUUCUGCCUCUCUAAGCACAUUGAAGACCCUUGAAGGCAUUGUUGGAAAAGAUAAACUUGUUGUCUCCACCUCCAGCUCUCUUCUUCACACCGCUGUUGACCUUGUCAAUGAGACCAAGCUCGACCACGAAAUUAAGUCAUGGCUGGCUUUUGCUGCCCAGAAAAUUAUUGAAGUUAAUGCUUUGGCCAAGGCCUUGGCUGGUCACAAGGACGAGGCAUUUUUCUCUGCUAAUGCCGCUGCCCAGGCUUCAAGGAAGUCCUCCCCAAGGGUGACCAAUGAGGCUGUUCAGAAGGCUGCUGCUGCUUUGAAGGGUUCUGACCACCGUCGUGCUACCAAUGUUAGUGCUAGACUCGAUGCUCAACAGAAGAAGCUUAACCUUCCAAUUCUCCCAACCACCACCAUUGGAUCGUUCCCUCAGACCAUUGAACUCAGGAGGGUCCGCCGUGAGUACAAGGCCAAGAAGAUUUCUGAGGAGGAAUAUGUCAAGGCCAUCAAGGAAGAAAUUUAUAAGGUUGUUAAACUUCAGGAAGAGCUAGACAUUGAUGUCCUUGUUCAUGGAGAGCCUGAGAGGAACGAUAUGGUUGAGUACUUCGGAGAGCAAUUAUCUGGCUUUGCCUUUACCGCCAAUGGGUGGGUGCAAUCAUAUGGAUCUCGAUGUGUGAAGCCACCAAUCAUCUACGGUGAUGUGAGCCGCCCCAAGCCUAUGACUGUAUUCUGGUCAUCUGCUGCUCAGAGCAUGACUGCCCGCCCAAUGAAGGGUAUGCUUACCGGCCCCGUCACUAUCCUGAACUGGUCUUUCGUCAGAAAUGACCAGCCCAGGUUCGAGACCACCUACCAGAUUGCUUUGGCCAUCAAGGAUGAAGUGGAGGAUCUUGAGAAGGCUGGUAUCAGUGUUAUUCAGAUCGAUGAGGCUGCUCUGAGAGAGGGAUUGCCUCUAAGGAAGUCUGAACAUGCUUUCUACUUGGAUUGGGCUGUGCAUUCCUUCAGGAUCACCAACAGUUGUGUCCAGGACACUACCCAGAUUCACACUCACAUGUGCUACUCCAACUUCAACGACAUCAUCCACUCAAUCAUUGACAUGGACGCUGAUGUGAUCACCAUUGAGAACUCUCGUUCUGAUGAGAAGCUCCUGUCAGUCUUCCGUGAGGGAGUCAAGUACGGUGCUGGAAUUGGCCCUGGUGUGUAUGACAUCCACUCUCCCAGAAUACCAUCAACCGACGAGAUUGCUGACCGGAUCAACAAGAUGCUUGCAGUGCUGGAGACCAACAUCUUGUGGGUGAACCCCGACUGUGGGCUCAAGACCCGCAAGUACACAGAAGUGAAGCCGGCGCUCAGCAACAUGGUUGCUGCCGCCAAGCUCCUCCGCACUGAGCUCGCCAGUGCCAAGUGAAUCAUUUGAGAGGAAGGGAGGGUUGAAUCCACACGUUCUAUUGCGAUCAAAUGGAUGAGAAAUCAUGUUUUUAUUGGAUUAAUAACUCUGUGAUGAUCACAUAUUUAGUAGGGGUUUUAAUGUGCUCUUGAGGGCAUUUUAUCUUUUGUUUUUGUUUUUUUUUUCACCUUUAUAUUUUGUAUUUUUGAGGCAAUGCCUCCUGUUAUUUUCAAAGACACCAAUCUGAUUGGUGUACUUCAGUGGAUGAUAAAUGAAGAAAUGGUCAUUUUGACCAAUUUGUCCAAA